AUGAAGCUGCAGCCUAGAGCUGAGCAUGGGGCUGCCCACGGCUCCCCGGAGAGCACCUUCAAGGCUGCACCCACUUUUGAGGUGUCCCUGUUGGACCAGUCGGUGCUGGAGGGGCAGGAUGUCAGCAUGAGCGUCCGCGUCCGCGGGGAGCCCAAGCCCAUCAUUUACUGGCUGAGGAACCGGCAGCCGGUGCGGCACCAUGCAGAGGAAGUGGAGGGGGCGCGGGGGCUCUUCACGCUGCACAUCCUGGCGGCAGAGCGCACUGACACCGGCUUCUACACCUGCAAGGCCGUCAACGAGUAUGGCACCAAGCAGUGCGAGGCCAAGCUGGAGGUCAGAG